UCUGACUGCUUCGCUGUCGGCAGAAUCUCAUCCGCGGUUCGUCGAGGCUGUGUGCGUGUUUGACUGACUUUUAUUGCUCGUCGCCCGUCGCCCGUCCCGGUUUUCUUCGGUCCAUACAAUAAAGUUGAUUGCAUUUGUGUGCCGCAGUCCCACGUCUCGCGAUCUGCGAUCCGCUUCUAAUUCCGCGCCACAUUACCCGAUCGAUCCGACCGAAUCCGUCGUCGUCGUCGUUCCCACCAGUGUGCCAACAGCAGAAAGUGUCCCGCAAGAUGAUGCUCGCUACGGCUGCCGUGCGCGGAUUGACCCGCCGUUCGUUUUCGACCUCGAAAGUCCUUUCCGCUCAGCAGCUGACCGUCCGCGAUGCCCUUAACUCGGCCCUGGACGAGGAGAUGGAACGGGACGAGCGGGUGUUCCUGCUCGGCGAGGAGGUGGCCCAGUACGACGGUGCCUACAAGGUGUCUCGAGGACUAUGGAAAAAGUACGGCGACAAGCGGGUGAUCGAUACGCCCAUCACCGAGAUGGGUUUCGCCGGUAUCGCCGUGGGAGCUGCCUUCGCCGGGCUGCGUCCGGUGUGCGAGUUCAUGACCUUCAACUUCUCCAUGCAGGCCAUCGAUCAGGUCAUCAACUCGGCGGCGAAAACAUUCUACAUGUCGGCCGGUACCGUCAACGUGCCGAUCGUUUUCCGCGGCCCGAACGGUGCCGCUGCCGGUGUCGGCGCUCAACAUUCGCAGUGCUUCGGUGCUUGGUACUCACACUGCCCGGGACUUAAGGUGGUUUCGCCGUACGACAGCGAAGAUGCUAAGGGUCUUCUCAAGGCUGCCAUCCGUGACCCAGAUCCAGUGGUGUGUCUGGAAAAUGAAAUGCUCUACGGUGUUGGGUUCCCCGUGUCCGACCAGGUUUUGGACAAGGAAUUCAUCCUGCCCAUCGGUAAGGCCAAGAUCAUGCGACCGGGCAAGCAUGUUACCCUGGUGGCACACUCCAAGGCAGUGGAAAAUGCCCUGCAGGCUGCGAACGAACUGGCCGGCAAGGGGGUCGAGUGCGAGGUGAUCAACCUGCGUUCGUUGCGCCCGCUGGACUCCGAGACGAUAUUCAAAUCGGUGCAGAAGACUCACCAUCUGGUGACGGUUGAGCAGGGAUGGCCACAAAGCGGUAUUGGAUCUGAGAUUUGUGCUAGAAUUAUGGAACACGAAACGUUCUUCCAUUUGGACGCUCCGGUUUGGCGUGUGACAGGAGUGGACGUCCCGAUGCCUUAUGCCAAAUCGCUGGAAGCGGCAGCACUGCCACAAACUCACGACGUUGUUACUGCAGUUAAUAAAGUGUUAGGUAUUAAGUAAGGACGGUAAGAGAGAACAUUCUUCGAUCAAACCUUAUACUACGAAAAAGUAACUACACCGUACCACACAAGUCGCAAGAGGUUCUCGCUGCGUGCAGACGGGGCCUCCGUUCUAGUUCACAGAGCAAGGGGUUUCAAAGAUAUUUGCUAGGUUGGAUGAUUUUUAUUUUACUUGAUUGGGUUAUUUUAAUUUUCUUUUCUUUUGAUGUGUCAAAAUCAAAAACAUACCGAAUGAUUGAUGGCAUGGCUUAACUAACUGUAAGCCUCAAAAGUAUUCUCUACUCUAAAGACAUCAUGUGAUUCUCAAUAGCGCGCAAUUCAUUUAAACUCUUAGUUAAUUUUUGUUGUCAAAAUUCGAAAUUUUUCAUUUCAAUCAUCAAUAGGUUCAACCACGUGCAUGUCUUCUCAUAUUUAGGGGAAAGGAAACAGUUGGUUGGUAGUAGUCAAGCGCCUCGCUGCACAGGGAAAAAUGUAAACCAUUGUGCAUACAAACAACAGAAAGUCAGGAUAUUAAUCAUGUAGUUGAUAUAUGAAUGUAAAUAGAACUGAACACCACAACGACACCGUUAGUUGGAUUACUAACAGACAAACCGCCCACCCAUGUCACCCAGUCAGAUCCCUUUUUCAUCACCCCCCAGUGUUGUCCAAUUUUCGACACAUUAAAUCUUUCGUUUCCUUUCCAUAAACGGGAUUCGCUAUCGUUCGAAUCGAUCACAAUUUGGAGACAUUGCCAAUAUCGAAUAUAAUUUUGAAAAUAGUAAAA